AUGAAAGUUAAUAAAAAUAUUACAAACACAAAACCAGUAGUCCCUACAGUUGAAUUAGAUGAUGAUGAAAGCUCUAUCAAUGAACCAGCUCCUCCUGGCCCUGCAUGGUAUUUAAGACCAGAAGAACAAGAAACUUCUACAUUAGAAGAAGAGAAUAACAAAGAACCAGAAGGUCCUAAGAUGAUUGAAAUAACAAUAGAGGAUAGUCCCAUUAAACCAAUGACAAAUAAAAGGACUUGUGAAAUUGGUACUGAACUGGCUAUUACCAUUGAUGACAGUCCUAUCAAAGUAGUAGCAAAUAAGAAUGGAUCUCACAGUGGGAGUGAAGAAGAAUCUAUUAUUGCUAAAUCUCCAAACAGUAGAAAGAGAUUGGAGUAUCCUAAAGAAGAUGAAGAGAGUAGAAAAACGCUAGAAAUUGAAAUUGAAAUACCUACUGGGGAAGGUCUUGAAUUAAAUAAAAAGAGUGCAGAUAAAGAUGACAAUAAUGAUAUUCCUGAAGUUAGUGUUGUGACUGAACAGACAGAAUCUAGUAAAAGAGAUGGUACUUCUAAAGUAUCAAAUGACUCGAGAUCAAGAGAAAAAGCAGUUGAAGUGCCUAGUACUAGUGUCCAGGGUGAAUUUCAUCCUGUAUAUCAGAACUUUAUUGAUGUCUGUUUCCAGUUAGAAAAUUCUGAAGAUAUGAAUAAAAUAGUAGAAAAGAAAAUCAAAGGUUAUUACAGACAAGUCCCAAAAGAAUACACAGAAUCUGAGGAGUUCAUUGACAUGGUUAAAAGUAAAAUAGUUGCAAUGAAAGCUAGCCCUGAAAAGAUGUAUUUGUUUAUAAAAGAUAUUGUUGAUGAACUUAAUAUGCAGAGAAAAAGAACUAAAUCACAACCACAAGUAGUGAAUUUGGAGAAAGUACCUGAAGAGUCAGAUCAGUUUCAGUUUGGAGAUGAAAAUGAGUUUGAUACAAAACGUCAAAGGCAAAUACGUAAACUAGAGAAGACUAUAAAGAAACUACACAGAGCUAUACAGAAAUUGGAAGAACAUGAGGUUGACUUUGAUGAUGAAGACGACUCAGUUUAUUUAUGA